UCUCCAGCUCCGGCUGCAGGCCUGGCCCCUGAGGCCCCUGUGUCCAGACUAGUCUGGGCUGUGACGGGGCCUGAGGAGGAAGCCCCACUCUUUCUCUCUCCCCCAGGACUGUCUCUGAGCCCUGGAAUCCAGGCCCAGCACGGGUCUCUCCCCAAGCCCUCCAUCCGGGCGGUGCCAGGUCCGGUGGUCCCCCAGGGGAGCCCUGUGUCCAUCUUCUGCAGAGGGCCUCCUGGGACAGCUCGGCUGCGAGUGCAGCAAGUGGGAGGCUCCCGCGUGUGGGCUGAAGAAAGCCUGGGAGACGCCCAGGCUGAGGCCACGUUCUCCCUCCAGCGUGCCACGCCCGGCCACUCGGGGAUGUAUGUCUGUCAGUACAAGACGCAGGACAGCUGGUCCGAGAGGAGUGACCCUCUGGAGCUGCUGGUCGUGGGUGAGGGCCCCUCCUGUUGUCCCUCCGGCCCCGUCCUCCUCUGUCCACCCCUGCCCUCGCUGUGCUCGCCAGCUGCCUGCUGCCGUCCCCCACUGGUCACCUGCCCCAUGGUGGCUUUAGGAGGGAGCGUGACCCUUCACUGUCACUUACCAAGCGCCUAUGACGUGUUCCUUCUGUCCAAGGGAGCAGAGCUGGCCUUGCCUGCAGGCUCCAUCCAAGGCGGCCAGGGAAAGUUCCUCUUAUCCCCUGCCACCCGGGCCCACGGGGGGACCUACAGAUGCUACGGCUCUGUCAACACCUCCCUCCACGAGUGGUCAGCUCCCAGCAACCUCCUGGAGCUGAUGGUCACAGGAGUGUAUAAAGAGCCUCAGCUCUCGGCUGUUCAGGGCCCCUCUGGGGCACCCCAGCAUAGGACGACCCUGCAGUGCCGCUCAGAGAUGUGGUUCGACCUGUUCCUCCUGUCCCAGGAGGGCAGUGCCAACGUCACCCAGCGCCUCAGAUCUCAGUAUAAACGCGGGUUCUUCCAGGCCAACUUCACCCUGAACGCCAGCGAGGAGGCCCGCGGGGCCACCUACAGAUGCUACGGUUCUCUAAGCUCCUCCCCCUCGCUGUGGUCAGGCCCCAGUGAGCCCCUGAGGCUCUCAGGAAGAGGGUCUGCCUCCUGGAAUUCCUACAAGGUGAACAUGCUCAGGCUGAGCCUGGGUGGUGUCAUCCUGCUGAUCCUGCUGGGGUUCCUGGUGGAGGCCUGGCUCAGCAGGAGGGACCCCCGGGGAGCAGUCGAGAGGCCCCCUGCAUUGCCAGAUAGGGGCAGAGUCCUGAGAUGCAUCCGCCACACCCAGGGAGGAAGCCCUGUUUCACGGGGGAGUGCCGCCCACGCAGAGGCCCCCGUGGAGACCCCCAGAGCCGGCUUGCGGGUCACAGGUGAUGGGGCUCUUCUGCUUCUCCCAGAGACGCCCUCCAUCUGGGCAGAGCCAGGAUCUCUGGUUCCCCACGGCAGUGCUGUGACCAUCGUCUGCAGGAUUCCUCCACGGGUGACACAGUUGCGUCUGUAUCAUGUGGAAACUAAGUUGUGGUGUGACAGAGACCCACAGGGAGCCCCGGAGGUGGCCCAGUUCUCCCUCCAGAGGAUGACAGAGGGCCAGUCAGGGACUUACCACUGUGAAUACUGGACGGAAGGACGCUCAUCAGGACAAAGUGACCCACUGGGGCUGGUGGUGACAGGGAUGCACAAGGAGAAGCCCUCCCUGACUGCUGAGCCUGGUCCCCAGGUGGCCUCAGGGGGACAGGUGACUCUGCUCUGUCACACAACUUAUUCCUAUGACAUCUUCACUCUGUGCAGAGACAGGGCAGCCUCCCUGCCCCAGACCUGCUCCCACCAGAACCACAGCUCAUUCCUCAUGUCCCCUGUGACCCUGGCCCACGGGGGCACCUACAGGUGCUAUUUCUCCUCCAAGGACAAACCCCACCUCUUGUCUCUGCCCAGUGACCCCCUUGAGCUCCUGGUCACAGGGUGCAGGUGGAUCCUCACUGUGUGUGAACCCCCAGGUCCACCUAGUCCCCUUGUGGUUGGGGUCUCGGCCGCUGCUGCCGUCCUCCUCAUCCUCUGCCUGCUCCUCCUGGGCCUCUGCCUAUGCCGACACCGAGGGCCACGUCGGGCCAGACGCAGGGUGACUGACGGUGGGACCAAGAGCCCAGUGUGGGACGUAAGCUCCAGACCUGCCUGCGACGUCCAGGGGGAAGAUGAAGAGGACACGGAGCACAGGGAGCAUGGACAGCUGGACACACAGGUCCCUGCUGCAGAAGGCCCACAGGAGGUGACCUAUGUCCAGCUGCACCCAAGGACCCUCACCAGGAGUGUGUGUCCACUUCCCUCCCGAGCGCCCCAGGACGGGUCAACACAGCCCUGUGUGUAUGCCACGCUCACCUCGCCUUGAGAGGACAGCAGGGCUGGCUGAGUGGAUGGC